CCAAAGACUAUGAAGUGAAGAUGUGGGUUUCUUUCAUCAUUUGCGUUUCUAUCAUCUUUCAACUUACGUAUACAGGAGAGGCUGGGGUUGUCAGUCAACCAGAUCCAGUGAUGUCUGUCUCUGUUGGUGAUAAUGUCACUUUGCAUUGCUUCAUUUUGAAAAAUACCAAUGAUCCAAUUGUUUGGUACAAGCAAACUUCAAGACAGCAGCUUUAUAUUAUUGCAAUGACACAGAAAUACAUGAAUAUUCCUGACUUUUAUAAUGAGUUUAAAUUCCAGAAGCGUUUUUCUGUUGAGAAAGCAACAGGACAGUGUCACUUAAAGAUUACAAAUGUCACUGCAUCUGAUGAAGGAAUGUAUUACUGUGGAUGGAAAAAGUUUGAGAUUGAUUUUGCUGAAGGCACAUAUUUGAAGUUAAAAGGGUUACAAAACACCCAGCAUAAAUUGAAAGUGUCUGUUCUUCAGCGUCCUGCAUCAGUGUCUGUCCACCCCGGAGACACAGUGAUGCUGAUGUGCUCUGUGCUGUCUGAACGCACAUCAGAAGACAAAAGAAUGUUCUGGUUCAGAUCUGAUUCAGGAAAAUCUGUUCCACAGAUCAUUUACACGUAUAAUCAGAGUGAUCAGUGUGAGAUUGAUUCUGCUACACAAAACUGUACAAACAAUCUGUACAAAGACAUUGUCAGUCAGACGGACGCUGGCAUGUAUUACUGUGCUCUGAUCACAUGUGGAAAAAUUCUGUUUGGUAAUGGGACAAAGAUACAUGUGGAAAAGCCAGUGGAAUCUAUAGUGAUUAUAUUGGGAGUACUGUUGGGGGUUUGUGUGCUUGUGAUUACUGCCCAAGCUGUCUCAUACCAUAAAAAAGAAAGAUAUUACAACAACAGAGAAAACGUUCAAGACACUGACAAACACCAUCCUUCCAGUCAGGACUGUGAUGCAUUGCAUUACGCUGCUCCACAUUUUAAGGAGGGAAAAAACAGAAGAAUGAGAAGAAAAGAAGCUCCUCAGGACAGCGUGUACAGCCAACUGAAUUAUCUUAGGGUGACUGAUCACACUAUAUUUGAGUAGACACUGUAGAUUCACAGGGAGUUUAGCCUCACCUGUGUGGAAGUGAUUUAUUAGCAAAUAUUAUAUACUGUGGCGGCUGGUGCAAAUUUUUUUGAGGGGGCGCAACAAACCAUUUGACAUGUGAUGUAAACGAAUCAUCACUACUUGGGUAAAAAAAGGUUUGAAACAAGAAAUUCAGAACCAGAAGAAGUGGAAAUGACCAGUGAUGGAGAAGAUCACUGUCAGAGUGCUAAGACACCCUUACGCAAUAGGCUAAAGGAGCGAAACUCGGAUGUGUGUUGCAAAGUGGUCAUCAAUAGACCAGAUCAGGAGGCCUUGGACUACAAGUGCUUGAGGAGAUUUUAUCAAAUGAAAAAUAGGAGACUUAAAUGUUCUGCUGUUGGUUGUGAACUGUGUAGAUAAGAAAAUAGCCAAACUACAAUGGUCUGCAAUCUGUAUAUUGUUGGUUGUAAAAAUGAAAACGUAUAAAUA